CUCAGCACCCAGCCAAGUUGUUUUCUACAUGCGCCAUCCUGCGCCACCCCGCUCCCGCUUGUUGCCACCGCGCCUGCAGCGACUGGUGAUAACUUGAGCACCCGAGCCCAACGCCGGAGAGCGAAAUGAAAGCUCUGGUCUCCCGAGCCGCCCGAACCUGUGAUCGCUUGUGGCAGCCCGAGCCGGCCCUCCUGCCUCCGGGGUGACGCGCAGCCUCCAUUCGCCCAGACAGAUGGCUCCGCACCAAGUGCCGCGCCAGCUCCCCUGGAGGGAUGCCCACCCCUUCUUCCUCCUGUCCCCGCUCAUGGCCCUUCUCAGCCGGGCCUGGAGCCGGCUGAGCAGCCCAGGACCUCCAAAGCCCUGGCUGGUGGAAGCAGUAAAGAGGGCGGAUCAGGGAGAAGCUGGCCUGCUGGUAGAAGUUGAGGCUGCUAUGGCCACCCACUAUGCCCCCCGAGGCGGACACCUUCCAGGGGAGGCUGGAGACAGUGGAACAGCCGUGGAGGGUAGAGAAUCACCUCGAGUGGCCUGCCCUGCCCUAAGAGCCAACAGUUCUCUUCUCCAAGCCCAGGAACGUUCAGAUAAUAAUAAUGAAGAAGAGUGUGGUGGGGAAGAAGCAACCAGUGUCCCUAAAGAGCAGGGGAGUGAAUAUAUAGGUGGCCAGCUUGCUUCCCCCGCCCCCAGCCUUCUGACAGUACUGCAAGACCCUCCUGGGGAGGGGGAAUCUGAGGAAGGAGUUGCUGACGAUAAAGCGAUCACAUCCUUUUUCCCUCCAUCCCACUGGGAGUGUUGUCCAGAGAUGGAGGAGAAGGAAGAUGGAGAAGCUGUAAAUAAAGAAGCUCCCAGAACAUCUCCUUCCCCCUUAUCUCCAGGAUCCAAGCCCAGAGCCUGGGUAUAUUGCUCAGGGCAGGAAGAGGCUCCAGCCAAGGAGGAAGAAAGAACAGAAAAUAAAGAAGCCAGGAAGACCUCCAUUUCCCCUUCGUGUGCAGGCUCCCACCCCAGUGCCGGGCAGUGUUAUUCAGCGGGGGAGGAGGAGGAGGAGAACAACGAGGAGGAGAACGGAAAGGCUGAGGAAGGAGGAGGUGACCCUGAGCCACACUCCUCAAUUCUAGCCCAGAGGCCCCUGCUCAGGACCUGGCAGCAUCCACCUAAUAAGAUCACAGAGGAAGAGGAGGAUGAGAACAAUGCCUCAGGGGAAGCUGAGGGCCUGUCGACCAUCCCCCCCACAAGCGCCUUCACGAAGGCCUGGGUGUGUCCGCCAGGAGAGGACACAGAGGAGGAAGAUGGGGACAGUGAUUCAGGAGCAGCUGAGGAGGAGGGAGACGCUGAGGGUCCCACCUCCGUCCCCACCAAAAGUACCGUCAUGAAGGCCUGGGUGUGUCCGCCAGGAGAGGACACAGAGGAUGAGGAGGAAGAAGAAGAGGAUAGUGAUUCAAGAGCAGCUGAGGGCCCCUCCUCCAUCCCCACCACAAGUACCUUCUUGAGGGCCUGGGUGUACAGACCAGGAGAGGACACGGAGGAGGAGGAGGAGGUGGAGGAGGGCAGUGAUUCAGAAGAAGCUGAGGGCCCCUCUUCCAUCCCUCCAACAAGUACCUUCUUGAGGGCCUGGGUGUACAGACCAGGAGAGGACGCAGAAGAAGAGGAGGAAGAUGGGGACAGUGAUUCAGGAGCAGCUGAGGAGGAGGGAGACGCUGAGGGUCCCACCUCCGUCUCCACCAAAAGUACCAUCAUGAAGGCCUGGGUGUGUCCACCAGGAGAGGACACAGAGGAUGAGGAGGAAGAAGAAGAAGAUAGUGAUUCAAGAGCAGCUGAGGGCCCCUCCUCCAUCCCCACCACAAGUACCUUCUUGAGGGCCUGGGUGUACAGACCAGGAGAGGACACGGAGGAGGAGGAGGAGGAGGAGGAGGACAGUGAUUCAGAAGAAGCUGAGGGUCCCUCUUCCAUCCCUCCAACAAGUACCUUCUUGAGGGCCUGGGUGUACAGACCAGGAGAGGACACAGAAGAAGAGGAGGAGGAGGAGGACAGUGAUUCAGGAGCAGCUGAGGAGGAGGGAGACACUGAGGGUCCCUCUUCCAUAUCCCCUCCAAGUGCCUUCUUGAGGGCCUGGGUGUUUCGACCGGGAGAGGGCACAGAGGAGGAAGAUGAGGAGAAUGAGAAUGUUGGUUCCGAAGCAGCUGGCUCAGAGCCAGGUUCUUCCAUUCAGGCCCAGAGCGCCGCCUUCAAGGGCUGGAGGUCUCCACCAGGAAAGGAGACAGAGGGAAGAGCGGCUGAGCCCCGCCCCUUCCGAGUGGCCAUCUAUCUACCUGGAGAGAAGCCACCGCCUUCCUGGGCUCUUCCUCCACUGCCCCUCCGACUGCAAAGGCGGCUCAAGUAUGCAGAAACCCCCGCCCGGCAUCUGGACCCUGAAACUCCCCAAAAAGCCACAAAGGUGCGCUUCUCUGAGAAGGUCUCCAUCCAUUUCCUGGUUGUCUGGGCUGGAGCGGCCCAGGCUGCCCGUCGGGGCCCCUGGGAACAGCAUGCCCGGGAUCGCAGCCGCUUUGCCCGCCGAAUUGCCCAGGCCCAGGAAGUGCUGGGCCCCUGCUUCACCCCUGUGGCCCGGGCCAGGGCCUGGGUACGUCUCAGGAACCCCCCCACUCCUCUGGCAGCCACACCUGCCCCCACCCAGACCUUGCCCACAUCCCCCGUGCAAACCAUGCCCUUGAGCCAUACUCUAGGUUCUCCCAUCUCUACUUUUGUGCCUCCUUGCCUAGACCUCAGCUGGAGGCGUGGCUAGGAUCAUGUGGUGUUUGUGUUAUCUGUUAUUUAUUUAUUUUUACUGGUAGGUUUAAGAAAUAAAGCCUUUUGAUUUGU